CGUCAUCUCCGAGUUCGCUUAGAGUGAAACAAACAUGGCGACAGACUGGAGUGGUUGGCAGGGGUACACGCUAACUUUAAUCAUUUUACUAUGGUGUACAGCGGGCACAGAAGCCGAGACGGGGAUCCCGGAGACCGGUAGCCCCACCCAGGUCUUCGGCAUGCGGCUGGAGAGGAGCGACAAGCCAGCUACUACCACGGACGACGGGGUGAUCCAAGUAACAGAGGAGAGCAACAUCUUCAUGAGGUUCUACGGGCUGCAGAUUCUUCCUGACACCUCGUCACAGAUCAAGUUCAUGGAACAUGAACAUGUUGAUGUUACCAGCAAUAAUGCUAAUUUUAACAGGACUUGCGCCGAAUAUACCAAAGAUAUCGUUAUUCGGGGUGGCAUGAACGUGAGCCACCUCGGAACCUCCGGGGUGGUGAGUUUGAAAAUCAAGCCGCUACGGAAGCGCGAGCUCAAGAAGGAGUAUGGGCUCUGCGUCCGGGACAGUCAAGAUGGAAAGUGGUACCUGUUGGGUGAGGAUGACGGGAGGCUGCGAGUGGUGGAGGAAAAGAAAUCUAUGCUUCCUAUGUGGUUCCAGUGCAUCCUCAUCUGCGCUCUGUUGGUACUGUCAGGUAUGUUCAGCGGGCUCAACCUGGGACUCAUGGCCCUAGAUCCUAUGGAGCUCCGGAUAGUCCAGAACUGCGGUACCGAAAAGGAGAAGAGGUACGCCAGCAAGAUCGAGCCCAUUCGGAGAAAAGGGAACUAUCUUUUAUGUUCCUUACUCCUGGGUAAUGUGCUAGUCAACACAACUCUCACCAUCCUCCUGGAUGACUUGAUAGGGUCAGGUCUGGGAGCAGUGGUCGCCUCCACUAUAGGUAUUGUCAUAUUCGGGGAGAUCGUUCCCCAGGCGCUGUGCUCUCGCCACGGACUGGCUGUAGGAGCCAACACCAUCAUGGUGACCAAGUUCUUCAUGUUGGUGACCUUCCCUCUGUCAUGGCCCAUCAGUAAACUCCUGGACUGCAUCUUGGGCCAGGAGAUCGGUACCGUGUACAACAGGGAGAAGCUGGUGGAGAUGCUGAGAGUAACAGAACCGUACAAUGACCUGGUCAAAGAGGAACUCAACAUGAUCCAGGGGGCGCUUGAGCUCAGGACCAAAACCGUUGAAGAUGUCAUGACGCCGAUCAGUAAUUCCUUCAUGAUCCACAGCGACGCUGUGCUAGACUUCAACACCAUGUCAGAGAUCAUGGAGAGCGGUUACACGCGCAUACCGGUGUUUGAGGACGAGAGGUCCAACAUUGUGGAUAUCUUGUUUGUCAAGGACCUGGCUUUCGUUGAUCCGGAUGACUGUACGACGCUGAAGACCAUCACCAAGUUCUACAACCACCCGGUUCACUUCGUGUUCCACGACACCAAGCUGGAUUCCAUGUUGGAGGAGUUCAAGAAAGGUAAGUCCCACCUGGCCAUCGUUCAGAAGGUGAAUAAUGAGGGCGAGGGGGAUCCGUUCUACGAGGUGCUGGGAUUGGUUACCUUGGAAGACGUGAUCGAGGAGAUCAUCAAAUCAGAGAUCCUGGACGAGUCGGAUCUUUACACUGACAACAGCAGAAACAGGAAGAAGGUGGCACCCAAUAAGAACAAACGAGAUUUCUCCGCCUUCAAACAGAGCGAGAGCGAAUCCAAAGUCAAGAUCUCCCCUCAGCUGCUAUUGGCCGCUCACCGUUUCCUGGCAACAGAGGUGACGUUAUUCAGCCCGUCCCAGAUAUCUGACAAGGUUCUGUUGAGGAUUCUGAGACACCCAGACGUCAUCCAGGAAAUUAAGUUCAACGACAGUGACAAACGCUGUCCUCAACACUUUGUCUACCAGAGAGGGAAGGCUGUCGACUACUUCAUACUCAUACUGCAGGGACGGGUGGAGGUGGAAGCCGGGAACGAGAACAUGAAGUUUGAGACGGGACCCUUCUCCUACUAUGGAGUCAUGGCCCUCAGUGCUCCCACGUUAGUGGUGUCAUCUCGUCCUCGUCACCUCUCUCUAAAGCGGUUCUCUCUGUUCUCCAGGUUGCCAGAGUUCCGCUCCCCAUCACACAUCAGUGGUUUGAACAGGACAGCGUCUCUGAGCGCUGCAGAUCGGACGGAGUCGGUGUCUGUCGGCGGCAGUAACAGCCAGCUCAACACUCAGUUCACUGUCCCCUCACCGUCAUACACACCCGACUUCUACGUACGAGCUCUCUCAGACCUGCAGUUCGUCAAGAUCACACGUGCCCAGUACCAGAACGGUCUGAUGGCGUCUCGUCUGGAUUCCUCCCCCCAGUCUCCUGAUUGCGGCCACCCCCGUCUGGAGGGUACCCCGCCCCCCGUGGGCACCGCCAACCUCUUCUUCCUAGCUGACGACAACCCCACUCCUGAGAAAAGCCCCCUCCUGGCUGACGAGACCACCUCUCUCCUCAAUGAGCAGAACUCUCUGCCUCACAACCACCACCACAACCCAUCAGAGAACAGCAUAUGACACACACACUAGUAC